AUGAGCUUUCUGCGGGAGGUCCCCGUAUACGACAUUGGUACGGAUACAUGGAGCUUGCAGCCCCUGAAUAGCGGUUCUCCAGCGCCCACUCAUCCGCUCGCGCAGUUUUGCACAGUUGUGGGCUCAACCUCUAGUGGCUCACAUCAUGAAAUAUUCGUCUAUGGGGGGUGGGACAACGACAACGGAGAUCCGCUAAGCGAUGUAUCGAUCCUCACAGUGCCAUCUUUCACCUGGGUCAAGGCCGAUGGCGUAGAACGAGCUGGAGCCUCAAGGCAAGGUCAUGUUUGCGUUACUCCGUACCCGAAUCAAAUGAUAGCCAUUGGAGGUACGGCCAAGUCUGGCUUGUCGCGGUCUACCAACAGAACAGUUGACGUCUACAAUCUCAACGAACUCAACUGGACCUCCGUCUACGACCCUUACAUCCUCUCCGGCCUCUGA